UGUUACAUUUUUAAGACCUUAACAUACGUCAUUAUAAAACCACUCACUCCAACCACAACGGGGAUCCAUUUUUCUUUUGUAGAUAUUGCUCGCAUAAUUAUUAUAGUAUCUACUGUAGUAUGUGCGAUUAUACAGAAUCAUAACCGGACUUUGUUUGAGGCAGAAAUUGUAAACAAGCAUCCAAGCAAGUUACCUCUGCUAUGCAGGCCACGUCUUAUCCCACCCAGCCCGGAAUCCCGGGCCAGACUGUCUACAUCCAACAGCCCGCUCCAGCCAGCUAUGCCACUCCGGUGCAGAACCCUAACUCAUCGAUUGGUGUGUCGCAGAAGUUUAACGGAGCUGCCGGGAGAGCGACUGGUUGGCUACAGCUGUGCCUCGGCAUUGGGAGCAUCGUCGUCGCCAUUGCCGAGUUGGUUCUUGGCACCGAAGCAGGCUAUGUCGCCAUGGGAAUUUGGGCCAGUGUUCUGUUCUACAUUCCUACCGGAAUCUUAGGAAUAUGUUCGAUGCAGAAGAACACUUGCGUGAUCAACGGCUAUCUUACGAUGUGUAUCAUCACGGCAAAUGUUGCCUUUGCUCAAAUGCUUCUGGGUGCCAUUGGGGCAGUACACGGAAUUGGCCAUCUCUAUUUCUAUGACUAUGGCUCCAGUGAAUACGAAAUAGUGGUGGCACGUAUCGCAUCUGACUCUCUGUUGGCCAUUCUUGGCCUGAUCGAGAUGGUUGUAGCCAUUGUGGCUUCAGCCUACUGCUGUGGUGGCAAGGCCUGUUGCAACUCGUCAUCACAAACCGCCACCACUGUGUACACCCAACAGAACACUCCGAUGGUUGUGACAACCGGCCAGUACACUCAGCCGGCGGGAAUCGUUCAGCUUCCUCCCACAUACAACGUUCAGCAGGCGUAUCCCCCUGCUGGCCAGCCUGUUGCUUCAGCUCCCUACACCCAAGCUCUUGGUGCCCCGUACAACCAGGCUCCUGGUGCCCCGUACAACCAGGAUCCUGGUGCCCCGCAUUUCCAAGCUCUGGGUGCCCCGUACAACCAACAAGCAGCUUCUGCACAGACCAAACCUGACGAAGUGGUGGCUUAAAUAUUUUUUAAAAAUUGGUUGUAUUUAUU